UAUAAGUAUUUAGUGUGUUAAAAUUUACGUUGGUUAAUAAGAUGAGCUGAUGGCAGCCUAUGUGCAUGUCACCAACAUUCUAAACAAAUUCUGAUUAUAGGAGUCACCAUACACGUGAUUGACGAUAUCAUUGAACCGUGCUGUGGCCGUAGUAAAACAUAUGUGUUUUGCUUAUUGAAUUUCUUGCAGAUAUUUGUUUCACACCUAUGAAAUUUCGUUAUUUCAGGGUGCAUGUUAUAACUUCAGAAGAAUGAGUGUUUUCACAAUAAAAGUAAAUUCUGUAACUGGCAAAUCAGAGUGGGAACUUCAAAAUGAAGAUUAUGAUUAUCAUCAAGAAAUAGCACGUUCAGCAUUUGCUGACAUGUUACAUGAUACAGAAAGGAAUCAAAAGUACUAUCUUGGAGUGAAACUAGCAAUAGAAAAGAUCCAUAGUAUGGGGAAGAAGGCCCAUGUGUUGGACAUAGGAACUGGUACAGGACUGUUGUCCUUGAUGGCAGCAAAGAGUGGAGCUGACACUGUUGUUGCUUGUGAGGCAUUUCAACCAAUGGCAGAAUGUGCUAGGAAAAUCAUUAGUGACAAUGGUUUAGAAGGAAAGAUACGUGUAAUUCCAAAACGUUCAACUGAUAUGACCGUUGGUACUGAUGGUGACAUGGAACAUCGUGCAAAUGUUCUAGUGACUGAAGUCUUUGAUACUGAACUAAUUGGUGAAGGAGCCAUUGCAACUUUCAGGCAUGCACAUGAAGAACUUUUAGAGAAAGAUUGCAUUGUAGUUCCAUCAUCAGCAACUGUGUAUGUUCAAGUUGUUGGAAGUCAGUUAGCUCAGAACUGGAAUAAGUUGCAGCCUAUUUCUGAUGUUGAUGGAAGCACUGUAUUGCUGGAUACUCCAGUGAUGAUACAGCAGUGCUCAGGUGCAGCAGCUGUCCAUGAUAUCCAGCUAAGUCAGUUUCCAAGGGACCAGUUCUAUUCUGUCAUUCCUCCAGUACCAGUUUUCAGGUUUGAUUGGUCUGGAAAAGUACCCCUUUUGAAAGAGAGGUCAAAUGUGUUGGACUUGGUCUCUUCUGAUGAUGGUGUGGCACAGGUGGUAUUUAUGUGGUGGGACCUUGUGAUGGAUCUGAAUGGGGAAGUUAUUCUCAGUUGUGCUCCUGUAUGGGCACACCCCCUGACUGAGAAUGGACAUGUUCUUCCUUGGAGAGAUCACUGGAUGCAGGCAGUAUAUUAUCUGCCAAAAGAAAUACCUGUUCGGAAACGAGAUGAAUUAGUAUUAGUGAGUCACCAUGAUGAAUACUCAUUUUGGUUCCAUCUCUUCAACAACAAUGACUGGUGUGGGGACCAGCUUUAUAAGCGUCCUGUAUGUGACUGUGGAUUGCACAUUGCAUUUGGACGUACACGUAUUGGUGCCAUAAAUGAUGCAGACCGAAACUAUAAAUAUGUAUCUGCUCUACGUGAAUAUGUGACAUCGGACAGUAUAUGCCUUUGCUUGAGUGAUGGUUCCUUGUUAGGUCCCCUUGCUGCACAGCUUGGUGCGAAGAGAGUGUACUGUAUAGAUGGCAACACCUUAACACGACACGUAAUUCAGGAUUACAUCAAGCACAAUAAUCUUCAAGAUAAAGUGGUGGUUCUGAGCAGUGUCCGUGAUCUUGUGGCCCUUGUGGAAACACAUGAUAAGAUUACAUUGGUUUUUGGGGAACCUCAUUUUGUUACUACAUUGCUGCCAUGGCAAAAUAUUUACUUCUGGUAUCUGAAGAAUGAAGUUUCCCAGUUCUUAUCUCCAUCUGCAGCAACUUUACCUGUAGGUGCAACAGUGUGGGCAAUGGCUCUGCAGUUCAGUGACCUCUGGAAGAUUCGUGCACCACUUCAUUCAGUGGAGGGGUUCAAAAUGACAGAAUUUGAUAAACUGAUUGAGAAUUCAAGUUCCAUCUCAGAUAGCCCAAUUGAAGCACAGCCGUUAUGGGAGUAUCAUUGUGAAGCGCUGACUCAACCUUUCUGCGUGAUGGAUUUCAAUUUCACAAAAAACAUUGAAGAUACUGUGGAGACAGAAGGAAAGGUUAACUGUGAAGGAUGUGGAACAUGUCAUGGUAUUGCCCUAUGGGUGGAUUGGGAUUUGGAUGGUAACCUAAAGCAUGCCAUUUCAACAGGACCAAGACAAACUGUACAGAUAAAUAAAAAGGUUGCAUGGGACAUGCACACCAGACAAGGUGUGUACUUCUUUCAAACACAUAAAUUGGUAGAUACAGCCAGCAACUUCUACUACAAAGUGCAGUUCAGGCCACUGGAAGGUCACGUUCACUUCCAUUUUGAUAUUAAACCUUUACUUAAUAAAGUAUUCAGUUCCAAAAUUUAAUUUGACUCACAUAUGAUUUUCAUUCACCAAAGAAUAUUAAGAAGUUGCUAAUACCUCAUAUGUAUCAAUACAGUAUUUUGUUUCAUACAUUUGUACUUGCAGAAUACAAUAUGUAUAGUCUGUAUCUGCAAGUAUUUAUAGAUUUCUGGUGGUUAUAAAUGUUCAAAUGUCUUAUGGUGGGAAGUGCCUCUUUGUUCAUUGAUCCAUCCAUUGACACGUAUAUUUUUUCCUAUUACCUGAGAUGGUAUAUUUGCUGAAAUAUGAAGAAAUAUAAAUAAUUUACCCAUAAAAUUUACCUUCUGAAAUGCCUGUAGCUUCAGCACUUCCAGUGAAAAUAAAAUGUACGUAUUUCUUGGAAUUUCUUAGGCUUAUAAGGUAACCAUAAUGUCUGUGUAUGUCCCUCACUGUCUUGAACUUGUGAACCAUCUGAUAGUCAUGAAAUUUGGUAUGAAUGUUAGGCCGCUUGAGACUAUUCCAACCUUGUGUUUUAAUUUCCAAGAAUCAAUAAUAAGAUGACAAAUGCAUAAACUUGUGAGGUUGGAACAACACUAAUACAGGUUUCUGAAAUGGAUGUGGUAACAGAUCCUCAAAAAACAUGCAAAUUUUGUUUGUGAUUUUUUUGUGCACAAUUUAAAAUGCAGAAUUUUUAUCUAGUUUUAAGUUUAACAGCAAUAACUGAUGGACCACUGGAACUAGGAUUAUGCAUUUUGCAUGAAAACAGAAUAAAGUUAUUCCUACAAAUGAUAUAUAAACUAUUGUUUUUAAGUAAACUUAUACAAACAUUGUUAUGGCAUGAAACUAUAAGGUUAUAACUGACAAAUUUAAUGCAGCUGUAUUAAGUCUUUUCAAUAAUAAUAAUGAUGAAGAGUCACUCAUGCAGGAGCUUCUACAGAUUCAACCAUUUUCUCCCUGAUUCAGAUUACCAUCAGUGUUGUACAUGACAGACCAAUAACUUCUGCUUCACUUCUUAAGUUUUUUCAGAACAUAUUCUGCUACAUGCAGGAUUCCCCACUGUGCACUGGCUAUAUGAAGGUUGGAACUACUGAUUUUAUUCUUGUUCACAUGUGUGUUAUGCAGUUCAGCCACCUGGUGUGAUAAAAAGUUGGUAUGAAUACAUGUUUCUAAGGUUUUCUCAUUUAUUUUAAAAUAUUAAGCUUGUUUUAAGUUAUACAACUUCUAAUUCUUUGAUAGACAUUAUUACUGUAUCUGAAAUAAAUUCUAUAUGAAUUAAGAGAAUAAUCAAUUUCAAGAAACUUGAAAAGAAGAGGCUAUUUCAAAGACCUAAUCAUAGAUGAGAGGAUAAUUAUUCCAAUAAAAAUCAGUCUAGAUGCUUUCUUUGCAGAUGCCAAUUUUUUUUACUGAAAAUCCUUGACUGCAUAACUGAAAUGACAGUAAUUGGCAGAAUGCUCUGAUUACACUCACCUUCAAAAAAAUUAAACUAAACUUCUUCAAUAAUAAUUUUUUCCAUUAUAUUUUCAAAAAUUUUACUAAAUUUUCCCCAUCAUAAAAUUAAAACUGAGUCUUAAUCAGCUUUUAAUAGACCUCAGAACACAAAAACUGCUCUUUCUCCAUAUAUGGCCAUGUUAUGAUUCUGGAUUUGAGUUAAUAGUGAAUAAUGAUUUUCAAAUGCAAAUAAAUGGUUUAGUUCGA